UUAUUAUGUCUUGUAAAUCAAGCGCUGAAUGUAGCUAUUCCACUAUUUCAACAUACUACAUUGACAAAUAUUUCAAAAUAUCACUAUUAUGUUUGGUAUAUUUGGACUAUUGAUUCUUAUUGCUGUGAAUGCCGAAGUUCUCUUCGCAGAGUACCCGGCGUGUGGUAGUCUUGACGAUGAAAUAACUGAGGCUGGGUUGGAAGAAAACAUAGACGGUCAUGUAACCCGAUUAUUGGAACUUGGAAAUUCGAAUGGCGGGUGGGCAAAUACUCCAGAAGUCUUUCUCAGUAUACAAUUAACUGAGCCUGCGUCCUUUUCAAACUUGGAUAAAAGUAUAAGAAGGAUGGAAGAGGAAAUCCAAGAUGGGAUAUCGAGCAUUACCAUCGGAGAAUUGGCUCAAUACAUGUUGGCAGUAAAGUCCGCUUGCAAGAAUACCAGCAGUUUUGGCGAAGUGAAUCUAAAGAAGAAAUUACUGGAAAAACUUAAAGGAGAAUUCUAUCGCAACGGCAUUCAACUUUCAACUCCUGAGGAUGGAUGGUAUGGUGUCUUUCUUGCAACUGAAGCAUAUUGUGUUAGCCAGGCACAGUCGCCAGGAGACGAGUUUAUUCAUCGAAUCUUACAUGCACAAAAUAGAGAUGGAAGCUUUGGAAACUCGGCAUCAAUAGAUCACACUACUAGGGCUAUGAUGGCUUUGCUUUGUUUGUCAAGAAUAAAUGCAAUUUCCUCAACUCAGCGUGAACAAGUGAAGAAUUCUUUAAAUCUGGCAACCCAGUUCUUAAGGUCAAAGAUCACGACGGAAAGAGACGAUGUUUGGUUCGGCGACAAGUACGCGACUCCUGCUGGUGUGCUAGCGAUAAAAGAACAUACGGAGUGGGCAGAGAAUGCCUGGCGAUGCAGACUUAUGAUGAGAAGUUUAAAUCGUCAGCAGAGCGAUACAGAAGGAGAAUCUGCAAUAUCGCAAAGACUACUCGCAUUAAAAGGAGUCAGCUAUUUAUCGAUGUUGAAUGUCGAUUACAGCUGUAGCAAUUCAGAAGGAACAAUACAGGACAAUACCAUAGAGACAAGUCUUGGGGAAGAUCCUUCUCCUAUUCAUUGUAGUCAGGAAGAAAACGGCCAAUCAAAUUUUCUAUUCUCGAAACCAGCAAUCGAUAUUGAUAUCGCGAUCCAAUCUGAUAUUUUACCAAAUGUCAUCACUGAAAAUUUGGAUGCAAAAGUUGUGACUCUUGGUGACGUCAUAAAAGGCAAAACUCUACUUGAAUUAUUGACAACAGCACAGUGCCGUGGCUUGCUAACUUUCAAAUCGGAGAAAACCGGAUGGGGAGAAUACAUCACUGCAAUCGACGGAAAGCAAGCAAACAGCGAAAAUAAAGAAUAUUGGUCAAUUCAGAGGAAUGGCGAGAGUCUCGAUGUCGGAAUAAACCAGUUUAAACCGGCUCAUUCUGAUUAUAUUUUGUUCAAACUUAAAAAAUGGUCUUAAGAAUACAUGCAUUGAUCAGUAGUAUUUUGUAUACAUUGAGCAGUGUUAUUUUUAAAUACGUUGUUGUUUGUGAAUAUAAUUUUAAGUUAACCACUGAUGGCCCUAAUCUAAAAUCGUAUAUUCAUCGAAUAAAGAUAUUGCAAUAUACCUUAUAAUUGUUUUUAGUUAUUGAGUUGUUAUUAUUUCAAUACUGGGAUCAAGACUGCUACUUCGUCAACAUACUCGAUUUGAAAUAAACAACAUAAAAUAAUGAC